CUGGGCUCAAGCCUUUUCUGGCUUUUCCAUGGCAUCUCAACUCUGUCCCCGCGGCGGUCUGACCUGGAGGCGGCUGAAUUAUUCUCUUGCAGCGGCUCUGUUAUGGAGGAACCUCUUCGGGCCAUACGAGCCAUUGCCGAGAGCGUCAGGAUGUCGUACGGCCCUUUGGGCCUCGACCAGCUCGUCGUGUCGGAGGGCCAGAAAUUGGUGACGAAUUCUGCGAGCCGCAUAUGGAACAUGCCUCUGUGCGCGUCGCCCAUGGCCCAGCUCAUCCUCGGGCACGUCCAGGCCGUCUCCACCUCCCUGGGCGAUGGCGCUGCGACCCUGGUGCUCCUGCUCGAGGGCGCGCUGGCCGCCUGCGCCGAGGCGCUGGAUGACCGCGCGGGCUCCCGCACCACGGCGACCCGCGCGGAGCUGGCCAGGUGCUUCGGCUACAUCGAGGCCGAGAUCCUGCCCAGCCAUGCUGGCCUGCUGCUGGAGGUGUUGAGUGCAGGCGCGGAGGCGCCAGCGACGGCCGUGGAGGCCAUCGGCGCUGCGCCCGUGCCGGCGGAGGGCAUGCUGCACGGCCUCGCGCGGGGCCUCUUCGGCGCGAACUUCCCGCCAGAGGUGAGCGAACAGUUGAGCCGUGUCUUCUGCCGCUGGCUGCGGGAGAACGCUGCCGCGCGCGGCGACGACGCAGAGGACCAUGCCGCAUUGGCAGCAGCCGCGGCCGCGCUACAACGAGACGAUCUCGUGCACAUCCACGCAAAGCCAUUGGCUGGGUCGCACGCCUCUGCAGGAGGCCCGCAAGGUCCACAUUCGUCUACGGUGGAGCACUGCCACAUCUUAUCGGGGGUGCUCGGGCACCCAAGCAUGCCAGAGGCCAUAGAGAACGAGUUCAGAGCAGUGAUGCUUGACGAGACCACAGCGCCAUAUUCCUUGCGAGUCUCGUCCCCAAGCCGAACGCACGCCUACUUGACAGACCUCCUGGCGCUUGUUGUCCAGCAGUUCUGGCAGGCGGGGGUGCGCUGCGCCCUGUGCGAGGCGGAGGUUCACGACGAGUGGCGCGGGGCGCUGGCCCAGCGCGGCAUUCUGCUGCUGCAGCUAGUGGAAGGCCAGGACUUGGCUUUGCUGGAGCGCGGACGGAAUGUCAGCCGCGUCAGGUUGGCCUCGCACACGACGGAGGCAAUCCGCCGCUCCUCCUUCGCGCUCGGGAGCAUGCGCCCCCUGGGGCCGCGGCCGGCGGAUGGGCUGGCUGCUGGCAGAGCCGCCUGGGCCAUCGUCCCUUCGGCAUCGGAGCCCAUGACGCACUGCUGGCUCGUGCUGCGAGCACCGUCGGUGGGGCUGGCCAGGGAGUACAAGCACGCGCUCCUGCGGCUCCUGCGCGUGGCAGAGCCGGCGCUGCGGGACCCCAGCGCCACAGUCUUCGCCGGGCUCGCCUUCGACCUCUCGCUCGCGCGCCUCGCGCAGCAGCAUGCCUCCUGGCCCUCGGAGCCGCACGCGGCGCCCGAGCGCGGCCCUGCGCCGAGCGGCACGGCAGCCGGUGUUCCCUGCCGGCUGCGCCAGCUGGCGUGGCGCCUGCUGCUCGCGGGGGAGCUGCGGGUCCUCGAGGCGUUCCUGUCGGGCCUGUUGCCCCGACCUGCGGCUGCCGCGCGGCUCCCACUGGGCGCCCCUGCAGGGGACUCUGUUCCCGCCAGCGCCAAGCGGCUGGCACGGUGGCUGGUGGUGGCGCCCGCGUGCGAGCUGGACUCGCCGCGCGCCCGCGAGGAGCUGAAGCUGCGGCGCGUGCACCCGCGCGGGACGGGCGCCUGCCCGCCCGCCGGGGCGGCGCACUUUGGCUUCGCGCUGCUGGCCGGCACGGGCGCCGGCGAGCCCGCGCCCGGGGGCGCGCUGGAGACGGCACACCUGCGGCUCGGGCUGCUGCGCGCGGCGUGCGCUCUCUGCAGGCAGCUGGCGCGGCUGGAGCCCGUGGGCACUGCAGCGGCGCGGGGCCUGCGGCUCCCGAGCCAUGGCCGCCGGCCGAGGGCCGAGCCAGAGCACAGCGACUCGUCCAGCGACGGCUAG